CAAACAUAUAGAAAUCCUACUUCUCCAGGUUUCCAUCACAAAGCUACACACACAAUAAGCGUCUUCUCCACAAUUUGGGUUUAUUCUUCAUAAAAAUCAUUAUCUGAACACAAAGCUUCUCACUUUAAGCUUCCCGAAUUUGUCUUCGCUAAGCAACAAUGAAUACUGUUAAAAAACUCAAGAGUGAGUCAACUGAGUUGCCUGAUUGUGUUAUAUCUUAUAUCUUUUCCAAGUUAAGUUUGAAGAAUUUGGUGAAAACUAGUGCUUUGUCCAAACAUUGGUAUCACGAAUGGGGAUUAAGGAAGGACCUCACUUUUGAUCUCCUUAACAUGUUUGAUUAUAAUACGGUUCCAGAGUUACCAAUAACCCUUCCACUCUUUCAAAAACUUCAAUGUCAAUUUGCCACAAGAUUAGAUUAUUUCAUGCAGAAGUAUCCUGGUGAUAUGAUCCGUCUAAUCCGAGUAAAUUUUCCAUUAGGUGUUGAUCAUACUUAUGCCAUUGAUAGAUUAAUUCACAAAGGACUUGUUAAAGGUGCUAAUCGUAUUGAGCUCCUCUUCGCAAAUGAAACUGAUUUUAAAAUAAGGCAAUACAAUUUUUUAUUUCCUUUCAUGUUUGGCCCUAAUUCUCUCACAUAUCUACACCUACAGAACUGCCGUAUAACACCAACUAUGGACUUUUCUGGAUUGAAGAAUUUGAAAACGCUUGUGUUGCAUCUCGUUCCUGUGGAGCAGAAUAUGCUUUGGCAUCUGUGUUUUAACUGCAUCCAUCUUGAGAACUUCACUCUGAAUGAGUGUAACUUCAUAUCUGACAUAAGAAUUACUAGUUCAACAUUGCUUCAUCUGAAAAUUAACUGCGGACGUAUCAUUACAGAGAGGAAUAUUGAUAUCAUUGCAUCAAAACUCUUAUCCAUUGAAUAUUCUUCGGACUGUUUGUAUAACCGUGCAUUACGCAUAGUGAACAUUAAGGCUCAUAUGUUAUCCAAGUUUAGCUAUAGAUGUGUUAACAUUUUUAAUCUAGUCGAUUUUUCUGGACUGAAAAAUGUGACAACAAUUGUGUUUGAUGGAAUCCGUGAAAGUCUCCAAAGUGAAGUCAUAACUCAUUUGUUUUCUAACUGUCUCCAGCUUGAAGAUGUCACCUUUAAGGAGUGUCAGAUCAAGUGUGAUAUGAAAAUUGUCGGUGCAAAGUUGCGUCAUUUGCGAAUAAUUGAUUGUCCUUGUACGAAUCUUUGUUCUUAUAGGAUAGAUAUUGAUGCAUUGAACCUCACAUCCUUUGAAUAUAUGGGUUGCACUUUCAUGACGCCCAUAAUCUCUGUCAGGGCUCCAAAGUUAUUGAAGGUUUUUUGGGAUACAAGUUAUAGAAUUGAAAAUGUAUAUAACUUUGAUACAAUUGCAACAAAAUUACAUCUGCUUGAGGAUUUAACUAUGAAUAUGCAUCGUUCACAGAUAUCCGAGUUAAGUAAGGAUUUGGUUCGAUUUCAAAAUCUUAGACAAUUGAAAUUGUUUAUUGUGGGAGCAUAUAAUCCUGAUAUGGACUACUUUUGGAUUUUAGAUAUUGCAAUGGCUUCUCCGCAUCUCAAAAAACUUUCUCUAACGAUUAAAAAUGGACAUAGGGAAAUAUCACAUAUGGUUGGAUCUCAAAGGCAAAAAAGAGAGUAUGUCAGGUUUUUUCACAAUGGUUUAAAAUAUGUGGAGUUACAUGGAUGUGUUUGCUCCAUAAAUGUAAUUGAGUUAACAAGUCAUCUAUUGAGGAGUGCGCCUUUGCUUAAGCAAAUUAGUUUCAGUUCUCGGCACAAUUACUAUAUAGGUGCUGGAAGAUGGACUAUGGAUUCUGAUGGUUGUUGUUGGUUUGAACAGAAUUUUAUUCAUGAGCAUCUAAAAGAGGAAGUAAAUGAACAAUGUCAGCUCAUAAUUUUGUAGUGAUGUGUUAUUUAUUUAUUUAUAAUGAAUUAUGUCCUGUAUUCA